AUGGAGAAACUUGGCGCCGCCGAAGAUCGCCCGGGCAGCAACGGGAAAUCCGACGAAGCAGUCAUACCAGGAGAAGUGCUGCAAAAGAGACCAUGGAAACUGUUGGAAGGCAAAGGUGAAUUCGAAUCACUCCUUAGAAACCACUUGUUGGAAUCACUCAAGGGAGCCAUACAACUGAAGCGACGUACGAAGUACAUUAAGGACGAAAUAGCCAAGAAACGAUCCAGGCGCUCCGCCGCUGUCAAGCGCGCAUUAACCGCUGCCAGACGAGAUUCAAACAAUAUCCGGGAGUCGGCAGCUAGUUUGGGGUUGGAAGAUCUCUGGACCUGUCUAGACCAUGAAAUCGCAGCUGGAAUCAAACCUUUAAAAGAAAAACUAGAAACGCUUUUGGAGGUACAACCGAAUCGCAUUCUUAAAGCGCCCGUCAACACAUUAGGGCAGACAGCCACCCAUAUCUCACAUGACCCCGGUGACGAAAGGGGCAGUGAACAAAAGACCAAGAGAAAUUCUGCAAAGGAGCGAUCAGCCGGUUAUUUCGACUACGAUGACGAUAACUUUGAAAAACAGGAAGAGGAUGAAGAUGGUGACGAUGAUGAAGAAGACGUUGAUGACGAUGAAAACGAAGAAAGUGACGCAACGGAGGAUAUUGCUGGAAUCGGCGACCAUGACGAUGAACUAGAAGAAGACGACUCUGAGGUGUAUGGUUCAGAUUCAGAAAACAUCGGGGAAAAGGAUCAAAGUAAGCCAAAAAAGAAAGAGGCGAGAGGUGUCACGAAAGACCGCUUCUUCAAAAUGGAAGAGAUGGAAGAGUUCGCCGAUGGCAAUUUCGAGGAUGAAGCAGAUGAUUUUAACUACUUUGAAUCAAUGGGUGAAGAAUCUGAUACCUCUAAGGCUGCCGUAGAAAUGAUGUAUGGGGACUUCUUCGAUGAUCCGGACGCAAGUGACGAGGGAAGCGACACGGAUGACGAUAACGAUGCUCUACACUGCCCUAGGGGGUUGGAGGGGCUAGAUGACGACGAAAAGGAAAUGGAGUUGCUCCUGCAGAAAGUGGAGGAUGAAGAAGAGACUGACGAGGAGGACGAGAAUAGGGACGACAACGAACUGAUGGAUUUUGACUUCAAUAAAAAAACAGAGAAGCGAGUGAGGUUUGAAGAAAAGAGCAGUGAGGAUGAGGAUGAGGAUGAUGAAAUAUCGCAGCUGGAAAAGGAAUUGGUCGCACAGAAGCACUGGAGCCUAAUGGGGGAAACUACAGGGCACAAGAGACCAAGAAACAGCCUGCUCGAUUUAGAUCUUGAACUGCCGCAAAACUCGUCAUUUAUACACGUUGAAAAUGUGGCUGCAGAUGGUGAUGAUGUGCAGGAUGAGGAAAACAUGGGCCUGGAAGAAGGCCAGGAUGUCCCCAUAGAAAUCAUCAUACAGCAACGAAUUAAAGCGGAGGUGUUCGACAAUGUCGAGAGGAAGAUACCCAUGGAGGAUCAGCUAGAAGCUAUAGAACGUCUGAAGCAAACGCGCAACAAAAUGAAUCGGGAGGAAGUCGAAAUAGACUUCAACAAGAGUAAGAUGGGUCUCGGAGACGUCUACGCGAAACGGUACCAAGAGAUGUUCAUGGCGACGGACCAACUCGACGCGCACAAGCAAAAACUCACUGAAGAUUUUGGUAAACUAAUGUUCAAGCUGGAUUCGCUCUGUAACUACAGCAUAGUGCCGAAGCGAGUCAGCGAAGCAGAGAAGGACAACAAAGUCGCUUCCAUCACAGUCGAGGCGCCAAUUAACGUCGUUACAGCCAGCCGUCCAGAUGACUUGGCAGAUGACACGCUGGAAGAACGCAAAUUAACGAGGAAUGCGAAGAAGAGGAAGUUCACCAACAAACUCAAGGCGCUGCUCAAAAGCGGAAAGGCGACCGUCGAAGAUGUCAACAAAAUCAAACAGAAGAUCGUGGAGAAGAACAGACAGAAAAUUCAAGACGCGAAGUCAAUCAAAGUCACAGGGCAGACAAAGGACCAGCGAACACGGGAAAAACGGUCGAACCGCAGAGUCAAUAUCGCAGAACUCAUGUCAAAACGGAAGUAA